CAAGUAUAGAAGAGGAGAUUAAAAAAGCAAAGUAUGCUUAUUGGAAGACACAAAUUCCAUUGACAUCGUCUGCCGCUACAUUACCGCAAACAUUAUUUCCCGAACUCGAUAAAGCUUUGAGUCGGUUUAUUACACCUGAAAUACAAAAAAUUCAGCGUGCUGAAAUUAAAAGUUGUCUAAAUUAUCAUGUAUCUGCUAUCACAAAAGAUGAAAUGAUUAAAUAUCAAGAGGAUGAAGAGUUAGUAAACAGCCUAGCCAAUGAUGAUAAUGAGGAGAUGUACAGUAAUAGCUUAGACAAUAAUGAAGAAUAUGAAGAAACUAAUUCAUUAUCUGAUAUAUCUCUUCAAAACCCAAAAAAAUGUAAGGCAAAAGGACGACCAAAAAGUUCUAAACGAAUCAAGCGAUCAGAGGAAUUGAAGCCGGCAAAACGUCAAAACCAAUGUGGGAAUUGUGGCGAGUACAGGCAUAAUAGGUCUAAAUGUUCAAAAAAAAAAAAUACUUAA